GCUUUAGAAGGCGCGGCUGUCGAGGGGCAGCGAUGGGGGACGCGGACCGCGGCGAUGCUCGGGAUGCAGGCGCAGCGCAGGAGGAGCCUCUGGAGAAGCCUCCUUAUUCCUACGUGGCUCUGAUCGCUAUGGCUAUUCAGUCCAGCCCGGAACAACGCCUUCCCCUCCGUGACAUCUACGCCUACAUCGCGGGGCGAUUCCCUUACUACCGCGGAUGCCCUAAAGGUUGGCAGAACAGCGUUCGCCACAACCUCAGCCUCAACCCUUGCUUUCGCCGCUUGCCCCGCCGCUCCGCCGGUAACGACGCCGUCCCCUGUCGCGGAGGAGAGUGGGCGAUGGAUCCUGCCUUCCAAGAUAUGUUCCCUGGGGGUGAUUAUAGCCGAAGACGUCGUCCUCGCCGCGUUUCUCCAUCCCCUCCGCCUCCCGCAGCGCCCUGGUCCCUCCCCGCAUCCCCGCACGCUCCGCUCGCUCUGCCGCUGCCCCGAGGAUGCUGCUGCCCCGAGGUGACCCCAACCUGGGGACCAACAGCCUUCUUGGGGGCGCCGGCAUGGGCUUUGCCCCCGCCUGAGCUGGGGAGCUUUGGGGUGAAGAUGCCCCCCGUCGCCUUUAAAUAAGGGGUGCGGGGUGAGGGCUCCGCGUUGGAGCAGGCUCGGGCUUCUUGAGGGGGGAAAUAAGGGGAUUAUAGAAGGAAAAAGUGGGUUUUAUAGCUUGAUAAAAACAUAUAUGCUUUAAAGUAAAGGUUACUCAUACCCCUGAUAUUCCCCUUGAAAAUAAGAAGCAUAAAAAGUGAGUUUUAUAGGUUGGUGAAAGCAGCCCAGGUGGUUUUCCGAGGGGCUGUGCACCCUUCGCUCGUCAAACAUCAGCUCUGGCUUUCAGGGGUUCAGAGGGAGGAAUUUGUUGCUUAUAAUAUAUUCAGCAGUUUUGGCUUUGAGGGGUUCAGAGGGAGGAAUUUGUUGCUUAUAAUAUAUUCAGCAGUUUUGGCUUUGAGGGGUUCAGAGGGAGGAAUUCGUUGCUUAUAAUAUAUUCAGCAGGUUUGGCUUUGAGGGGGUCAGAGGGAGGAAUUUGUUGCUUAUAAGACAUUCAUCAGCACUAGUUUUCAGGGGUUCAGAGGGGGAAACUGGUGGCUUAUAUUCAGCAGCUUUGGCUUUCAGGGGUUCAGAGGGAGAAAUUUGUUGCUUAUAAGACGUUCAGCAGCUUUGGCUUUUGGGGGUUCAGAGAGAAAAAUGUGUUGCUUAUAAGAUGUUCAGCAGCUUUGGCUUUCAGGGGUUCAGAGGGAGAAAUUUGUUGCUUAUAAGACGUUCAGCAGCUUUGGCUUUUGGGGGUUCAGAGAGAAAAAUGUGUUGCUUAUAAGAUGUUCAGCAGCUUUGGCUUUCAGGGGUUCAGAGGGAGAAAUUUGUUGCUUAUAAGACGUUCAGCAGCUUUGGCUUUUGGGGGUUCAGAGAGAAAAAUGUGUUGCUUAUAAGAUGUUCAGCAGCUUUGGCUUUCAGGGGUUCAGAGGGAGAAAUUUGUUGCUUAUAAGACGUUCAGCAGCUUUGGCUUUUGGGGGUUGAGAGGGAGAAAUUUUUGCUUAUAAGCCAUUCAUCAGCAUUGAUUUUCAGGGAUUCAGAGGGAGGAAUUUGUUGCUUAUAAAAUACUCAUCAGUAUUGGCUUUGAGGGGUUCAGAGGGAGGAAUUUGUCACUUGUAAGACAUUCAUCAGCAUUGGCUUGCAGAAGUUCAGAGGGAUGAAUUUAUUGCUCGUAAGACAUUCGGCAGCGUUGGCUUUCUGGGGUUCAGAGGGAGAAAUUUGUUGCUAAAUUCUGUUUUAUGUGUGUUCGGUAGCAACUACAGCUCUCAGUCCUGAGCCAUGGCAGAACAAAAACAUGGUUUGUAUUUAAAACCCUUUACAGCCACUGGCAACUAAGCCAGCACUUCACUGCACCUUGCCCAGCUCGUGUCAUCCUGCAUGUAGCAAGGAAUAUAGACAUCAUGCUCAGAAAUGGACUUUCUUGUUGGGUUUUGUUGCUUUUUUGGCGUUGUUGUUGGCUUGGCACCUGCACGCUGGGCUGCGUGAGGGGAAUAUGUAUCCCCAGCAAAUGCUUAUGUAAGAUCACUUUUACAUGCUUUUAAGUAAAGAUCGCUCCUACCCCCAAUAUUCCCCUUGAAAAUAAGAGAUUAUAAAGAGCAUAAAAAGUGAAUUUUAUAAGCUGACAAAACCAGCCCAGGUGGUUUUCUGAGAGGCUGUGUGCCUGCAGCUCAUAAGCCGUUCAUCAGUGUUGGCUUUCGGGGGUUCAGAGGGAGGAAUUUGUUACUAAUUUCUUAGUGCGCGUUUGGUAGCACCUACACAUCCUGCUGAAUGACUUAAAACCACUCGACUGCUGGAAAUGCCCAAGGGAAGAUGGAAAGCUGCUGUUUGUGCAGCAGGUCGGCUGCUGGUUCGAGUCUUUCUUCCAUGGAAAUAGCUGCAAGGAACUAAGAUGCGCCGCCUGGUUUCAAAGAGCAUGAACUGUGCUUCUGCACUGCUUUAUCUCUUUGGAUUUGGGGACGGGAGGGGAUGAUUUUGUUGUUUGAACCUUCAAGCAAGGCUCAAAGGGGGCUGCAGAACUCCAGCAAGCUCAUCGGGACCAUCCUGUGUCUUCUCAGAUCUGAAAGUACAUGAAGAGCUGUGUGGAUGCUAAUGGGAACCUUGGUUCAUGCAGGGAAAUUGUUUAUUUCAAGUGUCCUUAAACUAAUUUUGGAGCUUUUCUUUCACGGGUUAUGAAAAAACAAUAAGGUUUUUUUCAUUUUGAUGGAUAAAACCAAAGCAACAAAACACAGACCCCAAAGUUCUUUGGCAUAAUGCUGGGAAUCUUGUGGAUUUGUGUUUAAAGUGAAUUUAUUUGGGACUUAAUACAGGAAAGGGUUAUUUUACAUUGUUAUAUGUGUUUACAUAUGUUCAUUGUUAACAUGUUUCUUAUCAAUGAUGCUGUAAUUACUAUGUAAGGGUGCUUUCCCCUUUUAAAUUUCAGAGGGAGUUCUUUCUAUGCUUUUCCCUCAGAUUAAGGGUUCAGAGUCAAAAUAUGGUUCUAGUAAGAACUGCCUUGAUAUUUAAUUUUGAGGAAGAGUUCAAAUACUGUUAUGUGAAGACAGCAUUUGUUGUACGUUAUAUUUUAUGAUUUGUUUAAUAAAUAGUACUUCCUAAGAAUUGUGGCUUCAGAAAGUACUUAAACUAUUUUGACGCUUUCGUGAUGAA